GUUACAAACACCAUUUUCACUUACAAGUGGAACAUGGUGGCCACCAUGUUGCACUUAUAAGUGGGCCAGGAGACGUCUCCUGGCUCAUGAGAGACACCAUUUUCACUUAGAUCUGGAUGGAAGAGAUGGUCUCUGGCCAUGCAGGAACGGCACAGAUACAGUAACAACGCUCGCGAGAUUUUGCGAGCCUGGACACGAGAUCGCGUGGAGAGAGCCGGGAUGUGUGCCGUGGCGUGGGUCGGGGCUCAGUGACUUUCGGAUAUCUAGUCGCGUCGUUGGACGGUAGCACUCUCUUUCAACUCCAUGGCGAGUUUCUCCAAGCGGAAGAGGACAAAGAAGUCAGAAUUCUAUUGGCCAGGAGUAAAAGUGAACUAUCAUGAUGAUGAUGGCAGGAAGAGGUCCUACUGGAUGGAGAUUAAUCCUGCAGUCACAUCCACAGAUACGCCCACCACAUCUACAGCAACAGACCAACACUUAGCCCAGCCAGAGGCUCCUGAGAUACCAGUACCAGUACAACCAUCACUCUACACCCAAAACAAGGAAGCAGUAAAAGAGUCAUGGUCAGAGAAAAGGGACGACCUUAUACACAUAGCUAUUCAGUCAGCCAAGCCGCCAACUACCACAUGCUAUCUAUGUGAAGAGGAAGUACCGGUACUCACAGCCCCACUGAUCUUUUGCAAGGAUUGCAGUCCAGUUGGGGUGUUCUGUUUGGCAUGUUUCCAGAAGACUCAUAAAAGCCCAUCACUUCACUGUGCUGAAGUGUGGAAGGAUGGUUGUUUACAGCCAUAUGUCUGCAGCAGCAGCAGUAGACAACUGAUCAUGCCUCACCAGAUGAACUGCUACAGUUCCUCAUUAAAAUCCAUGAGGGUGUUUGAUCAAAAUGGCCGCCUCCAAUACUUAGAUGUUGCUGUGUGCCCAUGCGAAACUGAGUUGGAGACAUUGCUGAAACUGGGGCUGUGGGGAGCAACACCUACAAAGCCACAGACUGCAUUCUCAGUUUCCCUCCUUGAAUGGUUGGUCUGGCUGAGCAGGGAAGCACAAGUGUCAACAGAAGCUUUCUGCAGGGCAGUUAGGUGGAAAAACAACUUGACACUGGAUGAGGCGAAUUCUCUCCACCGGGCCCUUACCGGAGAAUGCAUUGCAGAGUUCUGCCACUUCCGGCACAGGCUGCAAAGCAUGAAAGACUUGAGUGUUUCACUUGAUGGUGGAAGCAGCUGCCCCGCCUGUCCCAAGAAUGAUGGGGAACAGAUCAUCGCCAUUGAUGGAAAUUUUGGCCUGGUCAGAAAGGCAAGCUCUGGAGUAAGCUCUGCACCUCCCCUGCAUGGAGAGUCAAUGUUCCUUGACGACGAGGAAUUGAAAGAGUUCCUAUCGACAUACCAUGAUCAAGAGAAGCCAUCUGAGGACUGUAGCCACUUUAAAGCUGGACAGUGCCUACGCUCCAAGACUCAACAACAAAAGCUGGAUAUCACCGGGGUCUUUGGUAGUGUCUGUCGGCACAACAUCCCACAGAAGUUUCUGAAUAUGUUCCAUGGAGAACGCUUUGGCUAUCCAGUUUAUCUAAUCAGAAGCCUUCUGAGGGAGGCCAGUCCGCAGAACAUCCGUCUGAAAAUAAUCUAUGAUGUCGCAUGCUCGCUGGAAGCACACCUUAGACGUAAUGCAGGCCGGGAAGGGAUGCACCAACAGCUGAGCCAAGAUAUGCUGCAACAGCUGAGUCUGGCCGUAGAUGUCUUCCAUUCUUAUGGCCACAAAGCUCUAUGCCAGGUCAAAUACAACACCCGGAGACUUGAGGGAUUUGGCCUAACUGAUGGUGAGGGGGUAGAAGUGUUGUGGUCAUACCUGCGUAGGUUCGCUAAAAUCACCAAAGAGAUGACACCAGCUCACAGGGUGGAGAAGUUAAGCGAGGCACUGAGCCAUUACGCCAUGCGGAAAGCCAUAGACAUUGAGGUUACUCUUAAAGAGAAGAUGAAGACUGCCAAUGCAACAGAAAAACUUGCUGAAGAAAAUCACAAAGAAGCUUUGAGUCAUGCAGGAGUUCCUGUUUCAGUGGACGACAUCAAAAGGUGGCAGAAGAUGGAGAAGGAAGUGAUGUCAAAGAAGGAACGAACAUCAACAUCAACAUGCAAGUGGAAGAAAGAGUAUGCAGGAAAGCGGAUGAGGCAUCAGGCAUUGGGGGAGAAAAUCCAAGAAUGCCAGGAUGAGUCUGCACUUGCAGUUCACCUUGCAGCUUUCACUAAGUUGGAAUCCACCCUGAAGUCCAUUGAAGAUAAACAUCGCAUAGCAAGAUGGCAGCAGACCGAUCCUGAAUUCAUUGCUGCACUGACAGACCUCGACAGUGAAGAAAGAAGGCAGCAUCUUGCAACCAUUCAGAGUGUCUCUUGCCAGAGGUCAUUUCUGAUCUCUUUAAAAGGGCGUUACCCAGAUGGACAAGCUAUUGCAUUGAAGCUGUCAAGGCAGAUAACAUCUGCCAGCAACAGCUAUCAAAAGCCAUUGAAGCUUACAACACUAUACCCUGGAGUCCACAAUCUGCAGAAUUUCCAUCAUCACUGCACUUUUCGGAGGCCAGUGACCCUACAUGGUCCACUUACCAGAUGCUGGGUCCAUCCAUGAGCGAACCAGGACUGCCCUACAGCCUGAAAAGAAAGCCAUCGAUGCUAUCAACAUGAAAGAAAGAGCUGUGGAAGAGAGGCAACUGAUAAAGAAAGAAAUGGGGUCAGGGGUUUGGGACCCAUUUCAUCGAGGAGCACGACCACACAGCAGAAGCUGUGAGGCACUGCCAGGAGCGUGUCGGUAUGGAAGCAGAGCAGGCUAUGCUCUUACAACACAUGAUAAGGCUUGAGAAGAGACUGUUCGAAAUGCAUGAGAUAUUCAAACAGUACAUAGCUCUACCUGAUCCUCCUUCCAGUCACAUACCUAUGUAUUCUCGAUCUCGUCAGGC